GGCAACUUUCGAGUUUGAACGUAGUGACGUCAGAAGAAUUGUUCCAUCCUGCGUCAAAACGGCACUUCCGGCAGUCACGUGGUAAACAUCGUCCAAUCAGCGAUCGUGGUCUCUUUAUAGGCCGACAUUUUCUGACAAGCGUAGAAAAAGUUUUCAUCAACAGCCGCCAUUUUGCGCUGGAGAGACCAAGAAGUAUUUCGGAAUUUGUCGUGUAAAUUUGCUGUUUUUUCUUACAUCAUUUUUUCAUAAACUCUACCAUUCCGUAUAUUUUAAAGAGUUAAGUUAAAUCGUGUUAUUAUUUCGGUAAAAUAAGUUCUAUAAAGCAGCAAAAAUCUAGUGAUUUGUUUUCAUUAUUGUGCUAGUUCCGACGGAAGAUGGUGAGAGGGUCUGUGUAGCUCUUCGAUUCCGAGCUUUGUAAUGGCGAAUACUUGAGUGAGAAAUUUUAAUAUGUGCCUUCAAUGGUCUGAAGGACAUCGAACGAUCGGGAUGUGGGUGAAUUUAAUUUUAGUGGAUCAUAAAUCGCUUUAAAAUGUUAUUUCUUGAAGUUAUAAGACAUAAAAGUGUUAUUUGAAUCGGCGGGCCGAAAUAUUCACGACGGCUUACGUUUAGUAAACAGAGCCAUGGCCGAUCAUCAUGUUGAUGAGCCGCCUAACAAGCGAGCCAAGAUGAUCCGGGACCCUUUUCAGGGUCCCUCAGACACCGCGGUAGAUGGGUUUUCGAACCUUGACAUGUUCGACCUGGAGAAGGACCUCCCAGAUGAGUUGAUGGCGGGGUCCUGGGGCGAGCAACCUGGUGUCACAGGGCCCAAGCCUCCAGCUCAGGGACCAGGCCCUGGGCCACAGAUGGCCCCUCAGCAGCAACUCAAUGGUGACGAUCCUAGCGCAGCUAUGCACAGACAUAUUAACAGUCAUCUUAUACAACAAGGCAAUAAGAGUGGGUUAGUUGGCCACAACAAUCCAUUAGGAUUGGGCACAUUAGGGAGUAAAAGUCCUAACCUUCAAUCACCUCCCAAUGUCUCCGUGUCCAAAGACCUAAUGGGUAAUUUGCACCCACAGUUAAUGCCAAAUACAAGCCAUCCAAAUCAACUGCAUUCUAAUAUGCCCAUGAGUUCCAUCCAAGGUGGAAUGAAUGUAACCAAUGUUGGAGGCAAUAUGAUAGUGACAAACAGUAACAUGACGGGUGCUGGGAUGCUUGGCGGUGGCAUAAUUAACAAUGUAAAUAAGCUCUCAACACUUGUGACUAACAAUCACCACCCGUCGGCGCCCCACCACCCGCACACGCAAUUGUCACAGGUAAUGCAGAAUGGUCCCCUGGGCGGUCGCGUGGGCGUGGGUUCGCUGCCGUUUCGUCAGCCGGUCGACGCACAAGCCCUGGGCAUCCCUGACUACUUUGACAUUGUGACGAAGCCAAUAGAUCUGUCCACCAUCAAGAUGAAGUUGGACAGAGGUGAAUACAAAGACCCGUGGGAGUAUGUGGACGACGUCUGGCUGAUGUUCGACAACGCGUGGCUUUACAAUAGGAAGAAUUCUAGGGUCUACAGGUAUUGUACUAAGCUGUCGGAAGUGUUUGAGCAAGAGAUAGACCCGGUGAUGCAGAACCUGGGCUACUGCUGCGGCAGGAAGUACACCUUCAACCCGCAAGUGCUGUGCUGCUACGGCAAGCAGCUCUGCACCAUUCCGCGCGACGCCAAGUACUUCAGCUACCAGAACAGAUACACCUUCUGCCAGAAGUGCUUCAAUGACAUCCAGGGCGACACCGUCACCCUCGGCGACGACCCGCUACAGCCGCAGACAGCCACCAAGAAAGACCAAUUCAAAGAAAUGAAAAAUGAUCAUUUGGAGCAAGAACCAUUCGUGGUGUGCCUGGACUGCGGGCGCAAGCAGCACCAGAUAUGCGUACUGCACCACGGCCAGAUCUGGCCGCAGGGUUUCUGCUGUGAUAAUUGUUUCAAGAAGAAAGGGGCCAAGCGGAAAGAGAAUAAGUUUUGUGCUAAGAAGUUGCCCACUUCGAAGCUCGGCAUUUAUAUUGAGACUAGAGUUAAUAAUUUUCUUAAGAAGAAAGAGGCUGGCGCGGGCGAGGUGCAUAUCAGGGUGGUCGCUUCUUCCGAUAAGAUUGUAGAAGUUAAGCCUGGUAUGAAAUCUAGAUUUGUAGAAUCAAGUGAAUUAUCUCCCGAAUUCCCGUAUCGGGCGAAAGCAUUAUUUGCAUUUGAAGAGGUGGAUGGAACUGAUAUUUGUUUCUUUGGAAUGCAUGUGCAGGAAUAUGGUAGUGAAAGUCCGUCGCCUAACACGAGGCGUGUUUACAUAGCAUAUCUAGACUCUGUACAUUUCUUCCAACCUAGACAAUAUAGGACUGCGGUAUAUCAUGAGAUUUUAUUAGGUUAUUUGGACUACGCCAAGCAAUUGGGGUACACGAUGGCCCAUAUUUGGGCCUGUCCCCCUUCCGAGGGGGACGACUACAUCUUUCACUGCCAUCCGCCCGAACAAAAGAUACCCAAACCUAAAAGGUUGCAAGAAUGGUACAAAAAGAUGUUAGAUAAAGGUAUCAUAGAGAGGAUAAUAUUAGAUUACAAAGAUAUACUUAAGCAAGCGAUGGAGGACAAUAUCUCUUCGGCGGCGGAGUUGCCCUACUUCGAGGGCGACUUCUGGCCGAACGUACUGGAGGAGUCCAUCAAGGAGCUGGACCAGGAGGAGGAGGAGAAGAGGAAGCAGGCCGAGGCCGCAGAGGCAGUGAUAUUCCAGUCUUCUGAAGAAAAUGAGCAAGGUCCCGAUGGUAAGAAGAAAGGCCAGAAGAAGGCAAAGAAAUCGAACAAAUCGAAGGCGGCGCAGAGGAAGAACAGCAAGAAACAGAGCGACCAGCAGCAGGGCAGUGAUCUCAGUGCUAAGAUAUUUGCCACCAUGGAGAAACACAAGGAGGUGUUCUUUGUCAUCAGGCUUCACUCGGCGCAGUCUGCCGCCAGCCUCGCGGUAAGUGCCCGCCGCUAA